AAAAGAAGUAUGUACAAUUUAAAAUAAAUACAAGAAUAGAAAUAAAAUCCUUCUGCCGGGAUGGUAUAUUUCCACUAACAUCUUCUGGUCACACUGCAGAAAAGGGAAAAACAAAAACAACAAACUGGAGAAGGGGCUUUUGCGGAAAUUUCCACAAAACAAAAAGAAAAUAUACAAAAAUAGACUCUGGCGAAAUAAACCGCGUUGCAGAGCAAUGCAAAAAGCGCCACCCUGGCAAGAGGGUCAAGGUGCCAGCGAGGCACUGCAGUCAGCGGCAGAGGCAGUGAAAGGCAGCGACAGCGACGGCGGCAGCGAGGAAGUGGCUAAAAAAACACUGAUAAGAGGCGACGAAAUGUUUGCACCUCACAGGAUUUGCUUUUUGGGUCUGCUCUUUGGCCUGCUCCUCCUCGUGUUACCCGGGAGCGAGGCCACGCACAUCAGCGGUCAGUUCCAGACGGCCGACUUCUUCCAGUUCCUGGUAAAGUUUGGCUUUAACAAGGCGGAUCCCCAGCGGAGGAAUGCCUACGGUUACAUCUAUGGAAAUGUCACCUCGCCGGACAAGUAUGCGGUUCCCUUGACUCUGGUUGUCCUGGAUAGAAGCACCUUUGUGGAGUUCUAUGGGAAUCGGAGUAACAGGAGCCGGGAAGUGGCCUGCUCGGGCAUGUUCUCUCGCCUGCAGAGGAUUGCCUACGAUUCCAGGUGUAAUCCAAGAGCAAAGAGGGACUUUCUGAGGCACGUUCCUUGUCCGAAGGGCGAGCUGUGCAGCGAUGAGGAUGCACCUAGCAAUGUGGUGCCAGGAUCGCAGUUUACCUAUGUCAUUAAUCUGGAGGCGGAACCAAGAUUCUGGUACCUCUCCCUGGUGGCCUGCUAUCAGAACCAAACCACCUGCCAGUGGCAUGCACAUGAGAGCCUCCCGCGACUGAGCAACCAGAGCAGCAAGCUCCUGAAUACUCUAAACUACGACAUCCACUUGGUGAACAUCCAUCCAAAUCACUCGGCGGCCCAUCCGCUGACCUAUCAGUACUCGUACGAUCAGCAGAAUCUGCUGGAGAUGUACCUCAUCUUCCUGCUGGUCUAUAUAGUCCUCCUGCCAAUGCAAAUCUACGCGGUGCGACGGCAGAAACAUCCGGUGACCAAGCUGUUCACGCUGAGCCUGCUUAGUGAGUUUGUAAGCUUGGCGUUAAUCACUGCCCAUCUGAUCCACUAUGCGGCCAAUGGUGUGGGAGAGCCACGAUUACAGGCGGCGGGCGACGUGCUGGACAUACUUAGCCGCACCAGUUUCAUGCUUAUCCUGCUGUUACUAGCUAAAGGAUGGGCUGUGACCAGACAACAGAUAAGUAGGACGGGGUGGAUCAUACUCAUGUCCAUCUGGGUGCCAUACUGCGCGUUCCACGUGUUCUUAUACAUCUGGGAUAGGACGGAGGUGGAUGUGGUCUCCGACAUUGACGAGUACCAGACAUGGCCCGGCUGGAUAGUCCUGAUUCUGCGCACCUCCUUCAUGAUGUGGUUCCUGUACGAGCUGCGCAACACCAUGAAGUACGAGCAUUCCACCAAGAAGCUGGACUUCCUGCUGCACCUGGGCGCCUCCAGUCUGGUGUGGUUCAUCUACCUGCCUAUCGUGGCCAUCGUUGCGCUGCAGGUUAGCCCCAUGUGGCGCUACAAGCUAUUGCAGGGUAUUACCAACUCGGCGGAUUGCAUGGCCUACUGCGUGAUGACCGGCCUGCUGUGGCCCCAUAGAGCCGGUCAAUAUCUGCUCCUUGCGGGCACGAAAUAUGCGGGCAUGGACGAACUGGACGAGUUCAAUGAGGCGCCUCAUAUAGUGAGAGAGCGUGAGCGGCGUCGCAAUUCCCCGCCCGAUGACAUUUCCAUAGGCAUGGGCAGUGGUGGAGGUCGAGGCAUGGUCCUGUCCACUAGCAUUCCAAAUUCGCUAAACGGCGAUCUGCUGGAGGCCGAGGAUCUGGACGCCGAGCUGCUUACCGAUCUGAACAAAAACAGCCACAUCGUGGCGUAAGCAGCGGGCUUAAUUCCUUAGCUAUAGUAGUCAAUUGUGCUAAAUCUGAAGCAAGCGGAGUAUCGAUCAUCCCUCCACUUGUUUAUAGAGAUAGCUGGAUUAAGGUGGGUUGGAAUUCUAGUUGUGAAAAGGAGAGCACUAUUUUUUGUAAGCAAUUCCAAAAUCAAAUUGCCUGUUACUGGUACCAUUUUAUAUCUAAUGUGAAUUUAAUUACCUAAAAGCCAAAAACAUCGCCACGAAAUCAACCCACUUUAGUCCAGCUAAAAAUCAAACUGCGUGUAUAUUCCCACAUAGUUAGUAGUCAGCCCAACCUACAACGAAGUCAGAGCGAGUGCAGCCGCGAUUGUUGUGUGAUUUUAUGUAUGUACUGUGCUUGAAUUUACACUUAGUUUCUAGUUAACGCCUAGGAAAACGCUUCAUUCGGCAUCAAUCCAUUCGUUGCGGUAGCUAACAUUUUAAUGCGACAACUAACUACCGUCUACCUAUUUAGAUAAGGCAACAUCGACUCCCCCUACUAAAACCUGCGGUAUUUUGAUAAGAAACUAAACAAACUGAGAAAUUUAAACUGCAAACCGAAAAAAGAUAGUGGGAAUAAAUGAACCAUUUUUAAGAUAA